UUCUCAAGCUGAGUGCUCGAACAUAAGAAGAAUAUAUCUUUCGAAAUUUGGCUAGCCUGGAGCGUCCCUUUUUGUUUACACUAGACUCUCGUCAAACUUCACGUUGAUGACAAUCUUGUGCGUUGGUAUUGGUUGGUAUUUGUUGAGGACGUUAAAGUUUUCUUGGAACACAAAUUCUAAACACAGAGCAGAGACCCUGAAUGACAACCUAAAAAAAUUAUGCAAGAAAAGAAUGUUGUUAGUAUGCAUUGAUGAAGAUUUUAGAAGGAUGGACACUGAAGUGAACAAGUUAUGUUCACAAUUCUAUUAAUAGAGUUGAUUUGAGAUCUUUGAUAAAUUGCCGCAAUCGCAAGAAUCAAAACAAUUAUUACACAAGAAAGUAC